AUGUCUGAUGGUGACAUUUCAGAUGUCCUUCCAAGUUGGUUCUGGGGUCUAUUAGGUGAUCGUUCGACUAUAGAUCUGUCUAACAAUCAAAUUAGAGGAACAUUAGGGAGUUCAGAGGCUGUAUCAGUUAACGGAGUUGAAGUUCGGUUUAGUUCCAACCAGUUGGAAGGUCCAGUGCCCCCAUUUCUAUCAAAUGUGAAAUAUUUGGAUCUCUCUGAUAAUAAAUUUUUAGAGAUGACUUCCUUCUUGUGUUCAUCGAAUGUUAAAAUUUCCAGAUUUCUUGAUCUCUCCAGUAAUCAUAUUUCUAGAGAACUUCCAGAUUGCUGGAGACAUUGGGUUAAUCUAGAUCUUCUCGAUUUGAGUAACAAUUCUUUUUCUGGUAAAAUCCCACCCAAUAUAGGAUGUUUACUUAGAAUCAAAACAUUGAAAUUAAGGAGAAACAGACUUGUGGGAGAAUUGCCUUCAUCCUUGAAGAGUUGUACAAGCUUAAAUGUUAUUGAUCUUGGGGACAAUAAGCUUUCAAGUUCAGUGCCUGAAUGGUUAGGGGUCUGCCUUCCAAAUUUGGUUAUUCUUAUGCUUCAAUUUAAUCAGUUUAGUGGAAGUUUGCCUUCACAAUUAUGCCAUCUAGCAUAUCUUCAAAUUCUGGAUGUCUCUGUGAAUGAAAUAUCUGGAACUAUACCAAAAUGCCUCAAUAAUUUGACUUCUUCUGCGCAAGAAGGAAAUUCAAAUCUAACCAUCAGACAUUCUUUUAAUACAUCUGAGGCCGAACCACCUAUGAGUUCUCUUUAUUAUGAGGAUGAUGCAACCUUCAUGUGGAAAGGAACGUUGUGUUCAUACAAAAGUACUUUGGGACUGGUCAAGAGAAUUGAUCUCUCAAGCAACAGAUUAACAGGGGAGAUUCCAAGUGAAAUCACUCAUCUCGUUGGGCUGGUUUCUCUGAACCUUUCGAGGAACAAUUUAUCUGGAAAAAUACCUCUAGAGAUCGGAAAGUUGAAGUCACUAGAUUCUCUUGAUUUGUCUAGAAACAAGAUAGGAGGCAGGAUUCCGACAAGCCUUGCUCGGAUCGAUAGACUUACUUACAUGAAUUUAUCAUAUAACAACUUGUCUGGUGAAAUUCCAACUGAGGGAACUGGUCGGCCAAAUGUCUCGAGUGAUCAAGAAGAUCCAGAUGAGCUCAUCACACUAGGCUUUUACAUUGGUCUGGGACUUGGAUUUGGUGUUGGAUUCUGGGGAGUCUCUGGGUGUUUGAUAUUCAAGCGGUCAUGGAGAUAUGCAUACUACAACUUCUUGAAUGCUUUAAAUGGUUGGCUUUAUGUGAGGGUAGCUUUGAUCAGACGGCAAUUAAAGGAUAUGCUUAGUGGACAAUCUUAA